AUGUCAAAGACGGUGACGCAAUACCAGGAGCGUGUGUACGCGCUGCUCCAGCAGAUCCCGGAGGGGCGCAUCGCGUCGUACGCGGCGCUCGCUCGAGCGCUCGGCUCCUCCCCUCGCGCAGUCGGUGGCGCACUACGAAGCAAUCCAUUCGCGCCCGAGAUCCCUUGUCAUCGGUGCAUCGCAAGCAGCGGGUUCAUCGGGGGUUACAAAGGCGACUGGCGCAAUGUCCCGAGUGGGCAGAACUGCGAGAAGAAGCUGGCAAUGCUGGCUGCCGAGGGCGUCCUGUUCGAUGACCAAGGCAUGCUGGUGGAUCAGUCAUGCUGGUGGGAGGAUUUCAAAGCAUGA